CCUCACGCGUGUCCAAAUGACGUAUUCCGCAAUAAAAUUUGCCCUGUAGCAUGAGGCAGAGUAAUGCAGAAUUAUUUACAGAAUAUCAUUUCCAUUAAUGAUAAUUCUCUCGACUGCUUACUCCUUAAAAUAAAGGACUUAGUUGUAUAAGGCUUGCUAUUAAAAUAUAUAUAAAGGUGUUUUGUAUCUCCUAAUGCAAUUACUGUGAUUCCACUAAUAAAACAAUGUCUUUAAAAAAAUAAUUCGCCUCACCAGGUACUUGAAUAGAACGUUUGGAAGCUCAUCUUCUAAAGCAUAGAACAACCAACUGCUGUUAUGGGCAGUUAUGUCGCUUAAUCGAAAAGUUUCGUUUAUGACGGUUGUAUUAGAACUUAGCUACUAGCAGCCGAAGUGUGGCAUUUUGAGUGUGGAGAAAAGCGCUGGAGACCCUUAAUUAAAUGCAUUUGAAUUUGACAACAUACAUAAUUUAGCGAACGUAAGAACUGCUGCCCAAAUUUGUUUCCUGAGAUUCAUAGACCGGCGCUCAAUACACUUACCUACCCGACAAUAAAUAUUUCACAAGAUUGCUAGUUGCGUAUAGUGGAAUUGUAAUCAUUUUAGAGACCAAACUGUGCAAGCUUAAACAUUAAAACAGUGAACAUCGAUACCAAGACGAGUAAUUAAGCAACCUUUUUAGCAUGUCGAAGUUGUAAAUGGUGGUACACGACUAGAGAGUACAAACCCAAUGGCCAAAAAUAAAACCAUGAUUAAAAAGUGUCCUCAGUGCGAAAAUGAGGUGGCGACAGCGACCAAACUUUGUCCAUGUGGAUUUAGUUUUUUCGAAAAACGGAAGUCAUCACGUGCAUCAGAAGAGGUAACUGAGAUUACUACACGGACAGCAACAACAGGCGGCUCUGAGGGGGCGCGGAGACGCGGCGUACGUGUGAGGAAGGAGACUCAAACGUAUGGAACGACUGUGCCUAGUGCAACGCUUGAUACAAAAAUUCGUUCUCCUAAAGGGGUCGUGGCAUCGAGUAGCGGUGGGUCGAAAAAGCGACGCGGAACAACCGGGGGAAAGGACUCUCCGGCAGCGGCCGCAGCAGCAGCCCAAGACGAAGAUACAAACUCCGAAGAAGGAGCCAAACGCAAACGAGGUCGGAAAGGACGCGAUGAACGAUUCCAGGAACAGGAGGAAAAACUAAUGUCGAAAAUUACAUCUGCUCAAGCGAAAAGGCAUGCGCUGAUACUAAGUCAUAUCAACUACAUGAUUAGACGGGAGGGAUUUCAUCAGGAACUUGACAAAGGUACUGUCAAGCAAAAAAGGGAGUCCAAUUACGAAGAAGCUAUAGAGGAUACGGAUGCCUCCAGCUGAUCUGAGUCAGUUACUUCAGAGGGUCGGGUUAUACCGAAUAUUAACAACAGAUGUGCUUUGAAUGCAUCGUGCUUAAACUGUGAGCGGCUAGAACUAAACUGCAAUGUAUUUAUGAAAAGUGACAGAAGAUCAAGCCGCCGGACAUACGGUGCCUUUGAUAAAGAUCGAUAUUACUUCCGGUAAAUUUGUAGCUAUGGAUAAGUCGUUACAGCGCUGCAACUGGUCGUAUCGUAAUAUAUCUGAAGUAAUUGGUUUGUCUCCCUUGACUCCCAAUUAAAAGCACAUUUAAAAAGAGGACCACUUUUUUAUAUUGCACAUAAGUAGUUCUAAUCCCUUAGUCUUGAAAAUAGCUAACAACCUUUGUAGAUAUGUACAAUUUUGAAAACAUAUAUAAUAAAU